UCAUGUGAUCUGUACUCAGCGCCGCCAUUUUGGAGCUCCGGGUGAGGAGGGGGAAAACGGGGGAUACGAGGGAAAAGACCUGGGAGAGAGGUGGGCGAGGACGAGGGCAAGGGCACGGCCGGGCUCCUGGCCGGCCAAAGGAGGCUCGCGGAAGCAGCAGCCGCCGCCCGACCGCAGCUGGAUUUUGAAGAUUGAUCCAAGGGACUGUAUUAAUUGCAGGAAUUGAUUUGCUGGCUCUGCCACUUAACAGCCAUGUAACCUUGGAUAUGGAAGAAAGCAGCAGUGUUGCCUUGUUGGUACCAGAUAUUGGGGAACAGGAAGCUAUAUUGACUGCUGAAACUGUCAUCAGCCCAUCAUUGGAAAUUGAUGAGCAAAGAAAAACUAAACCAGAUCCGUUAAUCCAUGUUAUCCAGAAGUUAAGCAAGAUAGUGGAACAUGAGAGGUCACAAAAAUGUCUUUUAAUUGGGAAAAAACGCCCACGUUCAAGUACUGCACUGCGCUCUCAUGAAACUCAAGAACUUUGUGAGAUUCCAGCUAAAGUAGCCCAGUUACCUACUACUGAUAUUAGAAAACCUGAAACGUCACAAACAAAUUUUGUCUCUGAUUCUCUUGCCCAGAGUGAUGGGAAGGCAAUGUCCUAUCAGUGUAGCCUUUGUAAGUUUCUCUCAUCAUCUUUCUCUGUGUUAAAAGAUCAUAUCAAGCAGCAUGGUCAGCAGAAUGAAGUGAUACUAAUGUGCUCAGAGUGCCAUAUUACAUCUAAAAGUCAAGAGGAACUUGAAGCUCAUGUGGUAAAUGACCAUGAAAAUGAUGCUAACACUCACACCCAGUCCAAAGGCCAACAGUGCAUAAACCCUUCCAGCUCCUUAUGUCAGAGAAUCAUUGAAAGAAAUAAUGAAACCAUUCCUGACAUCACAGUAAAUGUGGACAGUUCACAAACUCAGACUGUCCAAUCUGCAUCCAUGGCAGAAAUGGGUAGGAGGAAAUGGUAUGCAUAUGAACAGUAUGGCAUGUAUAGAUGCUUGUUUUGUAGCUACACUUGCGGCCAGCAGAGAAUGUUGAAAACACAUGCUUGGAAACAUGCUGGGGAGGUUGAUUGCUCAUAUCCAAUAUUUGAAAAUGAGAAUGAACCUCUAGGCUUACUGGAUUCUUCGGUGGCUGCUGCACCUAGUGGGGUCGAUGCAGUAGUCAUUGCUAUUGGAGACAAUGAGCUGAGUAUCCACAAUGGACCAUCAGUUCAAGUGCAGAUUUGCAGCUCAGAGCCAUUAUCAUCAUCAUCUCCUUUAGAAAAGAGUACAGAAGGGGCACUGCACCUGAGUCAGUCCAUUGCCCUUGACCCUAGUGAGGAAGAAGUGCUGGAGGUGAUUUCCGAUGUGGAAGAGAAUCUAAGUGCUGAUAGCCUACUUUCAUCAGCACAGAAAAUCAUUAGUAGCAGCCCAAAUAAGAAAGGUCACGUUAAUGUGAUAGUAGAACGUUUACCAAGUGCUGAAGAAAGUCUUUCACAGAAACGGUUCCUCCUGGAGGCUGAAAUUGAAGAGGGAAAAAACUUGAGCCCUACCGAAGCCCAGAUUGGAUGUGAAGGAACAGGUGAAGUUUAUCAUGCUGAUAAAUGUACUGUUGAUAUUGGGGGGUUGAUCAUAGGCUGGAGCACUCCAGAGAAGAAAGACAGUGAUUUAAUAAGUCAAGGACUGGCUACUGAUGAGAAUGCCCCACCAGGCCGAAGAAGGACAAACUCUGAGUCUCUGAGACUGCACUCAUUAGCUGCAGAAGCCCUAGUCACAAUGCCUAUAAGAGCGGCAGAACUAACACGAGCCAACCUUGGGCACUAUGGAGACAUAAACCUUUUAGAUCCAGACACUGGACAAAGGCAAGUAGAUGGUACAUUGGCAGCAUAUUCUAAAAUGAUGUCGCCACUUAAAAACUCUUCAGAUGGAUUAACUAGUUUUAACCAAAGCAACUCUACCUUGGUAGAGCUCCCAGAAGAUAGGCAGGAAUUGUCAGAUGGGCAAGUUAAGACAGGCAUCAGCAUGUCCUUACUAACUGUAAUUGAAAAAUUGAGGGAAAGGACAGAUCAAAAUGCUUCAGAUGACGACAUUUUAAAAGAGUUGCAGGACAAUGCCCAAUGCCAACCCAACAGUGAUACGAGUUUGUCAGGAAACAACGUAGUGGAAUAUAUCCCUAACGCUGAUCGACCCUACCGCUGUCGUUUAUGCCACUACACAAGUGGUAACAAGGGUUAUAUUAAGCAGCACUUGCGAGUCCAUCGUCAGAGACAGCCAUAUCAGUGUCCUAUCUGUGAGCACAUAGCUGACAAUAGCAAAGCUUUGGAGAGCCACAUGAUCAACCACUGUAAAACAAGAAUAUACCAGUGCAAGCAGUGUGAAGAAUCUUUCCAUUACAAGAGUCAACUGAGGAAUCAUGAGAGAGAACAACACUGUCUUCCAGAUACUUUGUCAAUAGCAACUUGUAAUGAGCCAAGAAUUUCCAAUGAUGCAGCUGAAGAAAAAUGUGUUCAGGAAGGGAAUAAGUCUUCAGUCCAGAAACAGUAUAGAUGUGAUGUGUGUGAUUAUACAAGUACAACAUAUGUUGGUGUCAGAAACCACAGACGAAUCCAUAACUCUGAUAAGCCAUACAGAUGCUCUUUGUGUGGGUAUGUAUGCAGCCAUCCUCCUUCUUUGAAGUCUCACAUGUGGAAACAUGCAAGUGACCAAAAUUAUAACUACGAACAAGUAAACAAGGCUAUUAAUGAUGCAAUUUCACAAAGUGGCAGAGUUCUGGGGAAAUCCCCUGGAAAGACUCUAUUACACAGCAGUGAAGAGAGAACCAACCCUAUCAUUGGAAGUUCAGAAAAUUUGGUGUCAUCCUCAGAGCUGAUUUCCCAGACUCCCUGUGAAGUUGUAGGUCCCAACGAGAGUGAGAAACUGAGCCUGACAAGUAAUACCUCAUAUAGUUUAGAAAAAAACUCCAGUCUGGUCACUCCCAGUAUGGAGUAUUGUGUUUUACUCUUCUGUUGUUGUAUUUGUGGUUUUGAAUCAACCAGCAAAGAAAACCUCUUGGAUCAUAUGAAAGAGCAUGAGGGUGAAAUUGUAAACAUCAUCCUAAAUAAGGACCACAACACAACUCUAAACACAAAUUAGAUGGAAUGAUGACUUGAAGAGGGAAAGGUUAGAAGAUUCCUUUAAACGACAAUUUUGCCUUUGUGCUAAUGUCAAAUAAUUUACUACAUAGAAGAAGAAAUUAUGUGAUUUUUGAGGAAAUGACAGCAAUGACUUUGGAAACAGAUUUGUAAUGUAAUAAAAGGAAUUCCAAAUG